AUGACUAAAUCGACUCCAAUCGUUGCCAUUGUCGCGGCCUUGGCUCCGGAUCUUGGAAUUGGCUACAAAGGAACGCUACCAUGGAAAUUAAGGCAAGAAAUGAAAUACUUCCGUAAAGUGACGUCUUACUCCAGUUCGGACUCAAUCCAAAAUGUAGUAGUGAUGGGGAGAAAAACAUGGGAGUCGAUUCCACCUAAAUUCAGACCCCUCCCCAAUAGGCUCAAUGUGGUAUUAUCUCGAUCUGCGUCGACCAGCGAUGCCCCAAUAGCGGAGGGUGUUAUUAUGGCCAAGUCUUUAGAUGAUGCGCUCGUGAAAGUGCAAAAUAAGAAUAUAGGCAAGAUCUUCAUCAUCGGUGGUGCAGAAAUCUACAACAGCUUGUUCGAAGACACCAGGCUCAGCCAUAUUUUACUCACUGAAAUAUCCACAAAGCAUGGUGUAGAGUUGCCGCCCAUGGAUAGGUACUUGAAGUUCAAACUCGACAGCAAAGGCUGGGAGAAGAACAGUCAAGAACAGUUGAAGAAGUUUAUUGGUGAUGAAACAUUAGAGGUGGAAGGAACAAUCGAAGAGGGUGACUAUGUAUAUACUUAUGGAAUGUUCACGAGAAAGGACGAGUAG